UAUGCGAAUUAAAUAAUUAAAUAGUGUUUCCUGGCUUUGUGUGGAUUUGUGAUGUUCGGAACCUUUGAACGCCGUGUGUAUGAGGAGGGAAGAAUUAGUUCCGGACAACGGUUCUUUACAGGCUGAUGCAAGUUGAAUGAGAGAGCAGUCAGCUUAACGGGUGAAGGACAUGACAGACUGCCAAGGAGUCGCGGAAGGAGCCAGCACUCCUAUGGAGCUUUAUGAGAGACUCAGUGCGCAGGGGGGGAAAGUGAGGUCCCUGAAGUCAGCCAAAGCUGAGAAGGCUGAAGUUGAUGCUGCCGUCCAGCUGCUGCUGAUGCUGAAAAUGGACUACAAACAGAUGACUGGUCAGGAUUACAAAGCAGGAUGCCCGCCCUCGGACAACGUGGGUGCACCGAACAAUGGGCCGGCAGCAGAUGGUGCCGGUGAGGAGGACACAGUGGAUCCAUGGAACGUUUCAACCACCAACGCCAAUGGAGUUGAUUAUGACAAAUUAAUAGUGAGGUUUGGGAGCAGUAAGAUCGACAAGGAGCUGGUGGAUAGAAUAGAGAGAGUGUGUGGACAGAAACCCCAUCGCUUUCUACGAAGAGGAGUUUUCUUCUCACACAGAGAUAUGCAUCAGGUACUUGAUGCGUAUGAGAAGCACAAGUCCUUCUACCUGUACACUGGCAGAGGUCCGUCCUCAGAGGCCAUGCACGUUGGUCACCUCAUCCCUUUUAUCUUCACUAAAUGGCUUCAGGACUUGUUCGACAUCCCCCUGGUGAUCCAGCUGACUGAUGACGAGAAGUACUUGUGGAAGGAUCUGACUGUUGAAGAAUGCCACCGCUUUGCUGUUGAAAAUGCCAAGGACAUAAUCGCCUGCGGCUUUGACCUCGACAAGACCUUUAUCUUCUCUGACCUCGACUACAUGGGUGCCUCCCCUGAGUUCUACCGAAAUGUGGUGAAGAUCCAGAAGCAUGUGACGUUUAACCAGGUUAAAGGCAUUUUUGGUUUCACGGACAGCGAUUGCAUCGGAAAGAUCAGUUUCCCAGCCAUCCAGGCUGCACCGUCCUUCAGUAACUCUUUCCCUCACAUCUUCGGAAGCAGAAAAGACAUACAGUGUCUCAUUCCUUGUGCCAUUGAUCAGGACCCCUACUUCAGGAUGACCCGCGAUGUGGCUCCGAGGAUCGGUUAUCCGAAACCAGCCCUGCUUCACUCCACCUUCUUCCCUGCCCUGCAGGGGGCGCAGACAAAGAUGAGCGCCAGCGAUGCCAACUCCUCCAUAUUUCUCACUGACACACCGAAGCAGAUCAAGAACAAGAUUAACAAACAUGCAUUUUCGGGAGGGAAGGACACAGUGGAAGAGCACAGGAAGUAUGGAGGGAACGCAGAUGUAGAUGUCUCAUUCAUGUAUUUGACUUUCUUCCUUGAGGAUGACGAACAUUUGGAGAAAAUCAGACAGGACUACACGAGUGGAGCUCUCCUAACAGGCGAACUGAAGAAGAUAUUGAUUGAGACUCUGCAGCCGAUGAUUGCCCAGCAUCAAGAGAGACGCAAACAAGUCACAGACGAAAUAGUGAAGCAAUUCAUGACACCCAGGCCUUUAAAUUUUAAAUUGUAGCUCACUGGAGCAUCACAGAUCCAUGUUCAUGGCGUUAAGCUUUUUCCAUUUAAAGUAAUCGAUAAUGGGAGGAAACAUUGAAAGGAUUGUGUUCUUCUCCAUGUCAGAAUAAGCAUGGCACUGCUGAUUUGUGUCCAUAAUGUGUUGCCCAGCUGCAGCUCUUUCAGAAGUGAAAGUAAAAGGCAUGUAUUCUCAGAGGCUGCAUCCACAUCUACAGCAAUAUUCAUAUUUAUGCCCUCAUUCCAAAAACAAAACAGUGAAGAAUAUUGUUCACAUUUUGAACUUUUAAUGAAGCAUUUUCUUUUUUCAGAGAGUAAUUUCCAUACAGCACAAAACUUAAAUGAAUAAAAAAUAGAACUGGUUGCAAAAUUUA